UGUUACCAUUUAUCAAAAUCAUAUAAUAUCCCGUUUUUUUUUAAUCGCGUUGAACACGUAUACCAACAAAUGGAUCGAUCGACAAAAUAAAUCGAAUCUAUCUUCGUCUAUCGGUGUUUCACAUCUCCGUGUUGUUCUUUUGCGUUUCGUCGUUCUUAUAUUUGUACAUUGCAUACAUACAUAUAUAUACAUAUAUAUAUACACACAUACAUAUAUCACAGUCCGUUCUUUAUUCUUCGUUUACUACUAUUACCAAUUAUUAUAAAACGGAAAAAGAAAAGGAAAAACAAGAUGUAGGAUAAAAUUAAGCUUAGCUAACAUUAAGAAAAAUUAAAUUGCUAUAUAUCGGUUAUCGAACUUUGUAAUAGUUUUGUUAAGUUUGAAUUUAAAAUAGGAAAAAAAGAAAGAAAGAAAGAAAAUAUUAUGUAUUUAACAUGUAAAAAAAUUAUAAAAGAUAUUUUUAUCUGAUCGCGCGCAAAUGAUUCUUGCUUUAUGAAAUCUUUUUUAUCUUUUUUUCGUACGUAUUUAUCUGUUUUUUUUUUCAUCUCGCCGUACACACACAUAUAUAUAUAUACAACUGUGCAUAAGUAUACAUUAAUUACAAAAUACCAAAAACCAAUUAUACCUCUUCUUUGUUACGAGAUGUAGCAAAAAACGAGUAUAGGGAUAAAAGGAACGAAAGAUUCUUGGCCUUCUACGAUAAACGAAAGAAACGAGAUCGAAAGCACGGUUCGCAGGUCACGGGAACCAAGUAUCAAAACUGUGAUUUUGAUCGUCGAUUUAUAUACAUAAACGCAUUGCACAAUCUGUCGAGUAUUAUUUAUCAUACCCAAGAAUUUAAUUCGCAUACACGUAUCGCAUAUCCGUAGAAACUCGAUGUUAACAACAAGAUAGUUUAGAUUUUAAAAGAUACAUAUAUUAUAUACGCGGGUAUAAAACAACGGAAAAAGAAAAAAAAACGACACGUCAAACUUGUAUCAAAAAUGAUUCGUUCUAUUAGCGUGGAUCGAAAGAAGAAAUGAUAAUUGGGAUUAAACGAUGAAUGAGAAAAAUCUUUGCGUCACAAAGUGCAGGAAACUCUCGAUUCAGUUAUAACACGAAUCAACACAGUUUUGAGAACAUUGAAAAUCAGGUUUUUCGGGUCUAUGAAUCUGGUCAAGAUUCGAUACAUCAUCGAGGAUUCCCUUACGAAGAUAAAGGAGAAUGGCUAUAUAUCGGUGGCAGCGAAUCGCACGGGAUCCUCAGUAGAAGAUGAUAGAGGACCAGGUGCAUCAACAUCCGGUACGAUUACCUCCCGACAAAAACGCCCAUAUCGAUGUUACAUCCAAAUUUGAAAAUGAUCAAUGCAAAGAACCUUUACUUUCCGAAAAGCAAAUUUGCCACAGGAUAACGUCGGAGGAUGCUCGUUCGACCACUGGCUCGGAAUCAACGAUCGUAAACACAACGAUCAUGGGCACGAGUUUGGGCACAGGCACGACUACGGUGACGGUGACGGGUAUGGGGGGAGGAACGGGGACGAACGCAUGGAUGGACACGGUUGUUGGGGUUGACACCGUCACCGAUCCCAACGACAAAUCCGGGGAACAAGACCGCGUCGAUGUGCCUAUAUUCGACGAGGGAACCACCGAUAGCGGCCGUCUUCCCGAUCUUGUCGCUCAGAGUAAAAUAUACGGUGUAAACGAAGAUGAACCUCUCGAAUCGUAUUUGGCGAUCACCAUUCAAGUUUUCAUACCGUUUCUUAUCGCCGGCCUUGGCAUGGUGGGGGCAGGAUUAGUUUUAGACUUGGUUCAACAUUGGGUCGUGUUCGAGAAAGUGAGCGAACUCAUCAUUCUAGUCCCAGCGUUAUUGGGUUUGAAAGGAAAUUUAGAAAUGACUCUUGCAUCCCGUCUUUCGACUCAAGCGAAUCUCGGCCAUAUGGACACGCCGAAACAACAAUGGUACAUGAUCGUUGGAAAUCUCGUCUUGAUUCAAAAAAUCAGUUCGUGUUGGCAGUGCCAGGCGAUAGUGGUUGGAUUUCUCGGCUCUGUGGUGGCAAUCGUAAUGGGAGCAUCUCGAAACGGUACCAUCUCGUUCGAUCAUGCAUAUCUAUUGUGCGCGAGCAGUUUGGUUACCGCAUCCCUGGCUUCGUUCGUCCUUGGAUUGAUAACUGCAGGUGUGAUCGUUUUCUCCCGACAUUGUCACAUUAAUCCGGACAACGUCGCGACACCGAUCGCAGCCAGUCUCGGAGAUAUCACCUCUUUGGCUUUACUCUCGUGGAUAUCUACCAUUCUUUACGAAUCAAUAAAUAAACAAGAUUGGGUCGCACCCCUCGUGAUCGCUUGCUACAUCCUGAUUACACCUCUCUGGGUAUGGAUCGCCAAGAGAAACAAAUACACAAACGAUGUCCUUUACUCUGGAUGGACUCCUGUCAUGAUCGCUAUGCUGAUCAGCAGUUGCGGUGGUCUGAUACUCGAAUUCAUGGUCUCGCGAUUCGAAAACUUGACCGUUUUCCAACCGGUGAUCAACGGCGUCGGUGGAAAUUUGGUAGCUGUACAAGCAAGCAGAAUAUCGACAGCCCUUCACAAACAAGCCGAACUGGGAACUCUUCUAAUUCCACCUGGUCACACGCAUCCCGUUAUCUUUAUUACACCUAUCGCUAACUUUUUUGGCAAAGGUAUGCACGCGAGAACAACCAGAGUUCUAAUGGCAAUGGUUAUACCAGGCCACAUAAUUUUCAUUUAUCUAAUUAAUUAUAUGAAGGAUGGCAACACUUCACUAACGCCUCUCUUCGUUUUUGUUUACUUGUGCGCCGCCAUGCUCCAAGUUGCCGCUCUCCUGUACAUUGCGUACAUAAUGAUACAUUGGAUGUGGAAACGAAAAAUCGAUCCAGACAAUUCGGCGAUUCCAUAUUUAACAGCGAUGGGAGAUUUAUUAGGCAUCAGUUUAUUAGCGAUCGCUUUUCAAUUUCUUUACCUUGUUGGAGAUCAAGAUUUCGAUCGAACGAUCCCUCCCUAAAAAUUAUCUACAUACGUAUACUUGCAUUCUGCAAAUAUUUCCCCGAUUCUUUUUUUUUCCAAUAACAUCCUAUCAUCGUUAUCGUUAUUGCUAUCGCCAAUGUUGUCGCUGUCAUAGUUUUUAUAAUUAUUAUACAUAUAUCGCCGUUAAUAAUAGAUAUAUGGUGCCAUAUUUUCUCUUUCUUCUCACGAGCAAAAUUUAAAAAUAAUUAUUUUGUCAGCAUAUCUGAAAAGAUAAUAUAUUUUUCUUAGAAGAAGCAAUACGUGCAAUUCGAAUUCAAAAUCAAUGUUAAAAUAAAGUCGUACUUUUGCCAAAAAAUAUAAAUAUAUAUAUAUAUAUAUAUAUAUACAGAGGAAAGACAAAAAUAUAUAUUAUAUUGUAUUAUAUUUUCGUGAUAAUUAAUUAAACAUGAAUAUUCUUUCGUUAAAAACCGUUUUUUUAUAUUAUACGAUAAUUAUUUUAUUAUUUUAUUAUUUCACAUCAAAUCGUCGAAAGAAUAAAAAUUUCAUUAUGAUUAAAUUGACUAUACAUAAAUCUAUACAAAAUCUUAGACGCAAUGUCUAAUAUUUCUUAUAAAUAAUUUUUUCAAAUCGAUGUCGAAUCGGUAUCGUUGAAAAAAGUAUAAUUAGGGACAGAGUAAUGGAAAAAGAAAAGGCACCUCAUAAUCGAGAAAUAUGAUAUGAUUCGUUACGUUGAUACGAUUUAUAUACGUGUCUUUGAAUAGUUGCCUUCGAAUACCAUGAUAAUUAUUAUUAUCGAAUCACACAUACAAAGCAAGCUAUUUUUCAACAUUUUCGCUUAAUUUGCAAUAUCUAUUCGCUUAUUAGCACAAUUUCCAUCACACGACAAAGUCAAUCGGGGUGCUUCCAUAUUUGGAAAUUGUUAUGUUGCUAUAAUAAUUACACAACCCGCGAAUAUAGUCCACAUAAUUCCGCGAAUCUUCCACCAAAGGUAGCCUAUUAUCGAUUAUAUUUUAAAAUAUAUUUUCACUACGUACACAUAUACGUAUAUACAAAUGAUUCGACAUUAUAUUCGAAAUCUUCUUUAGAAUUGUGUCGAUGCAUAUAUACGUAUGUAGCUACUUAUGUAUGUUGAAACACGUACGAUGCAACACGUACUUCUUUAUCUUUUUUUUUCUUUUUACUCGAAUACGCGAAUGCGAUAAAAUGCCUAAAAUUUGAGAAACAUUCAAUGUAAGAAUCAGUAGAAAUACAAAAUACCAAAGAUUAGGAUAUAAAUACAUAUAUCUUGACAAUAAUGUUUGUUUCGAAGGAGACAGAUAAACUAUUUUUUACCCAACACGAAUGAAAAAUGUAAACGCUUCCUUUUACACACAUACUCAUAAACAUAAAUUCAUCGAUCGUCGUUUCGUUUUAAGACAAUUCGAAGGAAGAUAUCUCAUCGUUUCAUCAAUAUAUUUCGAAUAUAUUAUUCAAGAUUUCCUAAUGAGAUACAUAUACAUAUUUGAAUAGUAAAUAUGUAUAUGUAUCAAUGAUUUAAACAUGAAUUAUUUUCCUUCGAAUUACUUGCGAUUCUUCGAAUUGCAAUUUGAACGAGAAAAUGAGAAGAGAUAAAAAUAAUUUACAAGAGGGGGAGAGAGAGAGAGAGAGAGAGAGAGAGAGAGAGAGAGAGAGAGAGAGAGAGAGAAAGCAGACAAAAUAAUCUUGGAUACAGUAAAUUUAAAAAGUAAAAGUUAAUGAUGAUUAUUUUUCAAUACGGUGCUAAAAUGAGAAAAAGAGUCCGUUUAUGACAGCAAAACGUAGCUGCGAGCUAUUUAUAUACGAACCAUAGAUGCAAAUAACGAAAUAAGCUCGCUUAUUCACGUCAUGGUACCUGUUAUACGUCAAAGUAUACGCAUUCUAAAAUGUCUAGUUCAAUCGAACGAAUCGAGUAAAAAAAUUGUUGAUCGAUUGUGUUUCAACGGUAAAGUUGAAAUCAAGAUGCCAUGUUGGUACAAAACGAUUGAACGCACAUUUGAAUGAAACAUCGAUGUAGUUUUAUAUAAUAAAAUUGGAUCGAAAAAAAAA